UGGGUCAAAAGGGGGCGUUAUACGAUGGGGUCAUUUAGAGUGCAUGGUUAAUAUACAGGUCACUCAGUAGCAGUUCUUAACGAAGAGCCAUGUGAUUCACAGGGAAGGCGAUAUUUCCUGGACGUUCAUAUUCCUGGUUUUGUAUCUUGUGUCAAUGUACAUCCGUGAAAUAUGUAUGUGCCCAAUGCCGGACAGUACGAAUCACGAAGAGCAACUGAGUGAAAUAAUACUCUGAUAGAAAAGAAAAAUGUAUGGAAUUAACCUUGUUGAGAUCAACGUCUUUGUGUGAAAUCACAUGGUCUGAGAGUUGUUUGUGCUGUUUACGUUUUUUGUCAGCACAACCAUUUGGUCUAUAAACAAAAAAGCGUUUAAAGUCAAUGAGGAUCAAUGUAUUUCACCCUGCAAGUAUAAUCUUACGUCGCUUUCAGCUAUAUUCAAGCAAUGAUACGUCGGAGAGUAUCAGCACUGGGUUUCUCACAGUGUACCCAUGUUGCCAAUAUCACCCUGGCCUUCGUUGGAACAAUUUCACUCCCUGGCUGCUCCUAGCUUGCACCAAGGCUGUAUUGAAGGCUAAGCCCCUGGACGAAGAGCAAUUCUAUCCUUGAAAGAGGCAAGUCUAGAUUAGUGGACAAUAUCUAAGGACGCCAGUCUGUUACAGGGAUGUUAUAUUUUUAAGAAAUCAUCAUUUGAACUAUUAAUUAUUAGAGACUUGUUCAAGUCUAGGCUGUUCCGUACACUGGAAGUAAUCAGGUGACAUGUAUAGAAGUUCGUCAUAACCAACACCGACCGUUUAGCCUCUCCAUACGCCAUCUGAAGUGUUAACGCCUACCACAGCCCUUCUAAGUCAGGAUCAUGGAUGACGAACCACUGAUCGAUGUGCUGUCCACCCCGACAGGAACCACAACCAAUGUGAGGAACCUCAUCGUAGUCAACAUCAUCGUGGGUGUUCUAACAUGUUCUACGAAGAUAUAUGAACCUGUGCUGGGUCAGUACGUGUACCACAGAGUUGCUGAUGACGUGUUCGGGAACGACAGUCGUAUAAAGAACUACAGCGUUCUGGCUCCGUGUUUCCAGAACACCUCCGACCCUGGGUAUGUUAUGGUGGAGACUGUCCAGGAACGAACAUCAACUGUUUUGUGGCAUUUCUCUCUUGUUGGGGGGAUCAUCGCCAGUGUUGUUAAUAUAGGACUCGGAGCUUAUUCAGAUAUCAUCGGGAGAAAGUUUCUUUUCAUAACAUGCAUUAUAGGCCAACUUUUGAGAAAUGCCAUUGCAUCUGUGAUAAUCUGGUUCCAUCUCAGCAUAGACUACUUUUACAUUGUGUCAAGUGUAGACGGGAUGUUCGGAGGGCCGUGGGGUCUGAUGCUGUUGGCGUAUGCCUACAUCGCUGACAACACCCCUCCACAACAGGCUCGAUCCUUUGGAAUGCUAUUCUUGGAGUGCAUAAAUGCUUUAGCUGAGGCAGCAGCAUCAACUGCAGCUGGGUAUUUCAUCUUACGUUCAGGAUUCUUCUACCCUUCUGUCUUGGCCUGUUGCGUGACGGUCUUAGGGAUAUGUAUCGUGGCAGUAUGUUUAACAGACACCGUGGUGAAUAAUAACACCAGUCAGAGCAGGUGUUCGUACAUCUUCAACGUGUAUCGCCUGUUCGUGAAGGAAGGAGAUCUACGUCAGCGCGUCUUGUUGUGGGUCGGCUUGGGAGCGUUCUUCUUUUCGGUCAUCAGCACGUCGUCGGAGAUCAACGUGGACCUCCUGUUCGAGAUGAACCAGCCAUUCUGUUGGAGCCCCUUCCAGAACGGCAUAUACGAUACAGUGAGCACUGUGGUAAGGCGUACUGUAGGAACAGGCGUGGUCAAAGGGCUACAGAAGUACAUCUCCGAUGAAGUUUUGGGAGUGUUGGGAUCAGUGUUUGUCAUCAUCGGAGACGUCCUGUUCGGUUUAGCAACAUCAGGCUGGAUGUUGUAUCUGGCAUUUCCUGGUGUGGGUCUCAUUGGGUUCCUGGUGUCACCUAUGGCUAGAGGCAUUAUGUCCAAACUAGUUCCACCCCAAAGACAUGGUGCUGUGUUUGCUAGUCUGGCCGUGAUGGAGUCGCUCAGCAGUGCGUUAGGUGCUGUGACCUUCAACAACAUCUACAAGGCCUCCGUCGCUGUCUGGGGAGGGGCGGUGUAUGCUGCCAUGGCAGCAUCCCAUUUCUUAGCUCUGUGGUUCUUUCUAGCUUUCAGAAUUCUGAACAAAGGACAGUAUUCUACUUGAAACAACAUAAACAGCCAACCACCACAGGCGUCGUCAUUUGCUGCAGACGUGUCACGUGAUGCACUCCGUCAUCCAUCGAACUCGGGAAGGAAGUUCGUGCACGCGACGUUCGCACACUCGACAGUGCACAAUAUUUUGAUAAGAAUAGAUCCAAUGUGUUUUCAGUGUUGAGCUAGGUUUCGCAUAGGCUUAAACUAUGGCGCUGUGGUGAAUUUUGAACAAAAAGCUGAUAUAUAUGUAUAGUCUGCAGGUAGCCAUGUUCGGCAAUAGAAACACAGUUUAUCUCGUAUUUAUUUCACCAUGACUAUAUUGAUUGCAAACGUUUUGUAACAAAAUGUCUUGGGUGGAGUCCCAUGUUUUGAGCGAACUACAAAAAUGAAUUAAAAACCCAUAUCUAGACAUUUAACAAAGGUCGGUGUUGUAUCAGCCCAGACACGGUUUUUAAUGCAUUCAUACUAUACUUGGGUCGAAAGCAACUUCGUAAGGUUACGUGAAGUGGCCACCCUUGAAAGAAACCGCACGUCAACAUUAUGACGUCAUACAGUUCACUGAAAUCAGUCGGCUGCAGAAAAGCGCGAUAUUCCAAGUUCGUAUAUACACUCUCUUAGUGUUUCUCCAUAGUGUUUUCUGUCCAACAUGCAUUGUCACACAUAUGUUGUAUCAGCUGUAUUUGUUUGUUUGUUUUUUUAUAGUACUUGUACAUUAUAUUUCUCUCAAGAGUGCCUAUUGGCAAUGGCCAAAAAAGGAUUACGUUUGUAUAAAUAAAUUACUUCUGUGAUCAUUGCCUCAGAUAAAUCGAUGGUA